AUGAUAAAAUUAGACACAGAGGAAAAAUCACCAGUGGCUUCUGAAAGACAGGCAAAAAAUAAGUGUCAUAAUCCAGUGGAAAGCAUGUGUAGGAAGAUCAAGAUGAUACAGAAGAGGGACCAGUCUUCACAUCCUAUAGUUCAAAUGAUCAGAUUUCAUUCUAGGAAUUUUGAUAGUAUUUACAUUAAGACACCAGAAAUUUUUGAAGAAACACUGAAUAAGUUGACUAUCGAACAUUCUUGUGAAUCAGAAGUUCACUUCUCAAGUCUUGAGAAAGUUGAUGUUUCUUAUUUUCAACCUUUGUCUUCUGCCACUCAACGUCCCUCUCAUCUCAGCUCUCCUGAAAAAGCAAUAUAUUCUUUCAUUCUCCAAAGCCCUGAAGAAAUCUUCAAGCCAAGAAUAACAGCAAUGAAUCAGAAAUAUUUUGUGUUCCUGAUGGGAAAGAAUGAACUAACUUCUAGCAGUGAAUUUAAAGAUUUUCUUUUUGGAAAUGAUAUUAUUACUUCAACCCUUGAUUUUCAUUAUGUUUCUAAUCAAAGUCUAGACCAUUCUUUGGUGGCAAGAAGGCUAUCACUGAAUAAAAAAGAAGGCAAAGUAGCCAUUUCUAAAAUAAUGGAUUAUUUGAGACUUAUAACUAACUGGGAAUCUAAGGACAAUGACCUUGAAGAACUUUGGACCAAAUUUGACCCUGAAAAGAGAGAUUUUUCUGUGGAUUUGGAGACUUACUAUGCCAUUACAAAAGAAUGGAUAGCAGAUCAUAGCAAUAGAUGGUUGUCCAACAGUCUACUGCGAGAACACAUUUUUUUAAAAGAAGAAUUGGAGGAACUGAAAAUUAACUUGAAUGUCUCAGAAGAGGAGAAAACUAAGAUAGCAACUCAAUAUAAACAGUCAGAAAAAGAAAAUCAGGACUUGAUUCUUAAAAUCCAGUAUCUUCAGGAGGAGAAUACAAGGAAUGUCAUGGAUAUCGAUAGAUUGGAAAGGAAGAUUGAAGAAUUGACUAAAAGUGAGAUUGAACACCAAAUGAAACUGUACAUGUGUGAGAAUGCUUUGCUUAAUAAAGAUGCAAGUCUGCACAAGAAAGAUUUACUCAUAGAAAACCUUAAACCAAUCCUUGUGGAAUACAGCACAGCCAAUGAGAAUCUACAAGAGGAGAAAAAUCAGCUGGUGCAUGAGCUGCAAAAAUUAAAAGAGGAGCUCCGUUACCCAGUGGUCUUUCCACUGUACUGCCCAGCUGACACUGUUAUAAUCCAGUUGGAUACAGCCAGUGGAUCAGAAUGGUUAUACAGUUCAAUCAACUCAUCAUCUUUGGAUGAUACAAUGGACAAAGAAAAGAUGCUGUUGCUGAGAGAACCCUAUCAGAUGGAAACAGAAUUUACUGCUACCCGUCAAAAACUGCAUGAAGAAAUCUCCAAAGUUGAAAUGCUUAUUGCUGUUUCUCUUCAGUGGGUAACUGACCCAGAAAUAAAUGUGAAGGAAAUUCUGUUUCUGAGAAGACAGAAUCUCAAACAUGACCUAGAAACAAAGCUAAAUCUCUGCAUUCUAAAACUGAGCCUCUUGGGAAAUUACAAAGAAUCUCUUAAUAAAGAGUUCAUUAAAGUGGUAGGGAAUUUGAAGAGAUUCAAGCACAAAUAUCACUGUGUCAAGAAAGAAUUACAUUUCAGAGAGAAACAGUUAGAAGCUAUUAAAAGGUCACAAGAAGAUGCACUAAACAAGGGAGACACACUUAGGAAGCAGCUACAAGAAGCUAUCAAACGACUGGAGAAUGCUGAGCAGCAGGUAAAGGGGGAUCUGACUAAUUUACCCACAGGCUCUCACUGGUAUGAUGAGGCGAAAAUGGAGGAAGAGAAAAAAAAAAAGAAACCUAAAGGGGAACUGCUCAGCUCAGACCCCAGUUCUCUUGCUCUAAACAGAGGAAGUAAAAAGAGGAGUUGUAAAAGAGGUGGUAAUUCAGUGUUCCCACUACAUGUCCAGCCUAAGGAUCAAGGACAGAUCCUCCAUGUCGCCAAGGAAAACAUUGAGUCUUUGCAGUGCAAGCUGGAAGAAGCUGUUUCUGAAAAACAAGAUUUCCAAGCAUUAAAUAUCACUUUAUCGAAUGCUUGCCACAUAGUUGGACUGAAGAGAAAGAAACUGAAAUGCAUUGGAUUUCAGUGGAAAAGCUCCAAUCCUGAUUCCAGUGGAAAAGCCUCUGAUCUUGAUCUGAUCCAGUGGAAAAGUCUCCUCGACCCAGAAAUUAGGAACUGUUUCAGUGAAAAUUUGUCACAUCAUGAUUCCUCAUCCACCACAGAUUUAAUUCAAGAACCACUGAAAGAACAAACAAGACCAUCUUACCACAAGAAAGUUUCUGUUCAUGAAGCAGGAAUACAUAAAAUACCAUUGAACUUGGAACUUGUAGACUGGUACACACCUCUUUUAGAUGUCUUAUACCUAGACAACUUAACCAAGACACCAAGAUUGAACAGAACAAAUCUCUCAUGUAUAUCAAACACAGUCCCUCUUUCAUGUGAAAGAUCAGACUAUGGAGAAGUGAAAGAUGAGUCUGCUUUGGACAUAAUACUCAAAGGACAAAAAGAAGCUUCACUUCAGCAGCCAAGAUUUAAGGAGGAAAUCUACAGUUUUUCACUUUUAAAUAUUCAAUUCUAUCUUCUACUGAUAGGUGCUCAGUCAUCUCAGUUGGCAUUCCAAACAACUACAUAUCUUUUUGCUUCUGCCACAAUGGAUGAUGUAUGUGGGAAGGAGAACCUCGUUCAUCAGUUACCACCUGAAGAUUUGCGGCAGGCCAGUGAAUAUCCUGUACCACCCCUUGAACACAUUUCUUCUGUGAACAAUACUGUUGCUUCCAGUGAUUCGAGCUCUGGAUUUUUGACUAUCACCUCGGAUCAUCUUGAUUCCAAAGUACAAUGUGAAAUAGAGGAAACAGCACAAUCAGCUUCUAUAAUAAUAGAAAAUCAAGAUAAAAACUUAAUUAAUGAAGAUACUCCACUUCACUGCUCUGUGGAUGAAAAGAAAAUCACAUUAAAUUUGGAAACCAAAGAAGGACCUGAAACAGUUACAGACUGUAAAGAAGAAUAUACCACUGGGGGAGAAAUGGCUGCUUCUACUAUUCCAGUAACCAGUGUUAAAUCAGUCAACUUUAGACAGAGUGACCACAUUUCUACAAAUGAAAAAGAGGUAGAGGCUGAAUUUCUUAGAUUAUCUUUGGGAUUUAAGUGUGACUGGUUUACCUUGGAGAAAAGAGUCAAGCUUGAAGAAAGGUCUCGGGAUCUGGCUGAAGAGAAUCUGAAGAAAGAGAUCACUAAUUGUUUAAAGUUAUUAAAGAAUUUAAUAAUUCUCUGUGAAGAUGACAACCAAGCCCAGGAAAUCAUUAAGAAGCUGGAGAAGAGUUUAAAGUUUCUUAACCAAUGUACAACAAGAGUUGCUAGCAAGGCAGAGAUGCUGGGAGCCAUUAAUCAGGAAAGCAGAGUCAGUAAAGCAGUGGAAGUGAUGAUUCAGCACGUCGAAAACUUGAAGCGAAUGUAUGCCAAAGAACAUGCAGAAUUAGAAGAGCUAAAACAAGUUCUCCUUCAGAAUGAAAGGCCUUUUAGCAGCCUCGAAAAUGAAGAUGACACUCAAAUUAAAAAGCGUUCAGCAUCUCUAAAUUCUAAGCCAUCUUCUCUUCGAAGAGUCAGCAUUGCAACCUUACCCAGGAAUUUUGGAAAUACAAGUUUGAUGUCAGGAAUUGAAAAAAAUGACCGCUUCAGUAGGAGAUCAAGUAGUUGGCGUAUUUUGGGAUCAAAGCAAAGUGAACACCGACCAUCACUUCAGCACUUCAGUAGUACAUAUUCUUGGGCUGAUGAUGAGGGAGAGAAACAUGAUUCAAAAGAUAAAGAAGAAUCAGAACCACCUGCUGAGGAAGUUUUAGAGGAAACAAGAAAGUUAAGCCUUUCUGAAAAGAAGAAAAAUCAAUCCAGAUGGGAUGUUUCUUCACUUUAUGACACAGGAGCAACCUGGGUACGUGAUCUCAAGACCUCCUUCCAAAAGACAAAUAUAACCCUCUGGAUGUCUGUCGUGCUUAUUGUACUGUUUGCAGCUUUUAUGAGUUUUCUUACAGGCCGAUUUUUCCAAAGGCCUGUAGAUGCUGCUCCUGUAGAAAAUGGGGGCUCCUGGACUUCACUCCAACAAACUUUAUGGCCUUAUUCCAAAUUCCAACACAAGAGGCCCCCACCAAUAUAGUGGCAACAUGCAACAGCAAUUACACAUUGAUUUUUAAAUCUAUUAAUCAAUCAUUUUAUUUGGAAAGUUGUAUAUAUAAAGUAUAAAAAGUGAAACAUAGAAAACCACCACCUUUUAGAAAUGUUUCUAUUAUUCUCACGUCCCUGAUAAUUUUCUGAAACUAAGCUAAUGAAUAUUGUUGUCUUCUUGAAGUACAUAGGAAGUCAGUGAUUUUUAGUGAACUUUGUGAAGAAAGUUUGUACUGUUUUAUCCACUGUGAAAUGUUAAGGAAAUAAAGAAUCAUUACAGUUUUAA